AUGGCGUACUUCUCCGACUUCGCGAGAAAGUGUGAUCUGGACGGAUGUAGAUACCAUGACUUUCUCCCCUUUAAAUGUGAAUACUGCGGUUUAAGUUUUUGCGAACUGCACAGAAACAUUCAAGACCACUCCUGCGCCAAGGCCAACGCAGCAGAUUUAAAACGAGUCGUUCUGUGCGACCACUGCAAUGGGGUUCUCCCCGAUAAAGACGAAGAAAUAAAAAAUCACGUAAGUCACAAAUGCACCUUUAAGAAGAAGAACAAGUCCCUGGUGAUGUGCGGCAAGAAGGGCUGCAAAACGGUCCUGAAUGGCAUCAACAAUUACACCUGCAAGAAAUGCAAAAGGAUGUUCUGCCUGUCCCACCGCUACUUCGACACGCACGGGUGUGUUAAGGAGAACUCCAAGAAGAGUUUUUUCGAAAAGUAUUUGUUCUUUUUAUAG